ACCUCACAAAUUCCACAAAGACUUCGAAGUCAAUUGUACCCCUUUUUUCACUUUGUAUUUAUUCAAGUAAGAACGAUGGAUAUCCUAUUCGCAGAUAAAGUUCCUCCAUGGAUAUCGAACAGGUAGAGAAGGAGACUCGGCUCGAGCUCCAAUUACCCGGCUUCCGAUUUCACCCAACCGAAGAAGAACUGCUCGAUUUUUAUCUCAAGAAGAUGGUUUUGGGGAAGAAUACGUGUUUUCAAAUCAUAGGCGUUCUCAACAUCUAUCUUUACGAUCCUUGGAUUUUGCCAGAAUUGUCGAAGGUUGGGGAAAGAGAAUGGUAUUUCUUUGUGCCUAGAAAUAGAAAGCAUGGGAGUGGAGGGAGACCGAACCGAACCACAAAAAACGGGUUUUGGAAGGCAACGGGGUCGGAUCGUAAAAUAUUCUCUUUAUACGACACCAAAAAGCAUCUUGGGUUGAAGAAGACUUUGGUGUUCUACAAGGGCCGGGCACCGGGAGGGAGUAAAACGGAUUGGGUCAUGAGUGAGUAUCGGCUACCUGAUUCUUUCCCAUUACCAAAGGACAUAGUGUUGUGCAAAAUAUACAGAAAGGCAACUUCCAUGAAAAUAUUGGAGCAAAGGGCAGCCAUGGAAGAAGAAGCGCAUCCUCCGCCAUCUCCAAGCUCCACCACUAGUCAACGCCUUGACUUAUUUGCACUACCACCAGCACCAUUGGAACCAACCCAUCUGCCAUCCACCGACGACGACUUCUUCUUGGAGGAAAACACCGAUCGGAAACUGAUGCUAAAACUGCCGGAAGGGGCAGAUAACUUAUCGGAGCUCCGGUUGCCGAGAAGUAACACAGACUGGAACCCAGAUUCACAGUUACGUAGCCCAUGGCUACACAAUCUCAUCUUCACCCCUCCUCCCUAUGCCAAUAUACUUAAUUUCUUCGAUUGAUAUCUAUGUUUUACGGUUUUAACAUCUGUUUGUGACGAUAUUUAUAUAUAGUUUCAGAAUUAGAAUGU